UCACUGUCAUCGUGUUUAUUGAUCGUCGAAUGGUAUUUGAUUGGAUUCUUGAAUUUACUGAAUUUAGAUUUGAACAUUUUGAACUGAAAUUACAAGUUAAUAGCUAGUCGUACAAGGAGUGAUAGUUAUUAAAAUACACAUAAUAGAAAAAAAAUACACUGAGCUUACAUUUGUAGUCGAUAAACGACGAUAUUUAAGAUAAAAUGAAGCUCUAUUUUACACUUAUCUAUUUAGUUAGGUUACUUCAGUCCACGACUUGCAUUGAUUACGACGGCUGGCUAAAUAUAAGGAUAGAACAUUCGCUCAAUUGUAAUGGGAACAAGUACUGCCCCCGUGGGAAUAUCUCGCUAAAGAGCAUUAGAGCAGGCACUGCAGUCAUAGAUCAGACGCACUUCAACAACAAACACAUCCAGGAACUAAAAGAAUUAGCCGAUGUUGAUGGAUUUUAUACCAUCAGAACUGUUGUCACAUCUGCAGAUAUUAAAGAAGCAGAAUUCCUAUCAUCAAUGAAAGCUCAAGCAUUCCUAGACAAUGGAUUAUCAGACAUGAUCAAUGCUUGGGUCCUGCCUAAUGGAGCUGUCAUAGCUGUAAGCUUCCAAGUCACAAACAAGUCACAGCCACUUGUACAAGAUAAGGAGGGAUACAGCAUCAACUCUAACUUCUUCCUUCGCUAUGUGGAGCAAGCCCCUGUACCAGAUACGGCUUCCUACAUACAGAAGUUGGAGAGAGAACGGGAAGCCAGGGAAAAAGGGGAACUGAAGGAUAACAGAUCAUUUUUAGCUAAAUAUUGGAUGUACAUUGUCCCCAUUGCCAUCUUCGUGAUGAUAUCAGGAGCCACAAAUCCAGAGCCCCCAGCUCAAGCUGCACGUUAAUAAUACCAAAUAUUUAUUAUUUAUUUCCUUGUAGUAUGGUUUGGUUAAAAAUAAAAAACAAUUUGUUUAACAAUUUA